CAGGGCAGGGUAGGGUCGGUAGGAGGGGGCAGAGCGGUAGCUCCGGGUGCGAGCGCAGAGCCCCCAAGCCGCAGGCUCUACUGAGCAUGCUCAGUGUGGCUGCUUGGGGCUUGCUCGGGCCGGUUCUCAGCCGCCAGCCUGCAGCUGCACUUGCCGCGGCUGCUUUUGCAGCAACGCGAGGCGAGGAUAAGGAGCUAAGCCUCGGCCUCUGCCCAGAAACCCAGCCGGAGGCAGGGUAGGCUGUUGCGGGGCGGGGGUGGAGGACUGAUGAUGAAAGCUGAGAUGGGUGCGUUGAUCAGUGUCACUGACUCGAGUCUGAGGUUACCUGUGCACAGGUGAAAAGGACCAGGUGACCACGCUGGUCAGUGUACAGGGAAAUGCAGGGACGGUCCCUGCAAGGGGAAUACCCUCCCCCCUUGCCUCUACCCCUAGAUUUCCGCGGCGUGGACUGCAUUCGCUCUUUCCUUUUGCACUGCUGUCGGAUCACAAUCGUUCGCAGAGGUUUGACUGUAGCAACCUUUGCCUAGAGAUUCCCCCUUCUCCCAAAUCUGUGUCCUCAUGGUGUCAGUCUUAGCACAAAGAGCAACCUGCUAUUGUGUCGCCAGCGUGUAUCACCUCAUCCGGCUCCCUUGCAGCGCCCCACCUCUCGCUUCCCCGGUAACUCGGCUCGUUUGCCCUAAAAAUGAAAGCUCUCAGCCGAGCGUGCUGAACGCGAACACAUAGCCGUUGAAUUUCAAGGGCCCAAAGGGCACCUAUCUAAAUGAACUGAAAGAGGAUCCCUGUGAGUGGGACGCACCCCGCAGCCAUCUCCUGCGCCCGCUCCGGUGCCCCCAAGAGAGUCGAGCAUCUUUCCCCCUCGGGCUCCAAGUCGGUUCGCGGCGUCGGAGUCAAGCUCGGUUCUUAGAGACCACCUAGCCCCGCCCUACCCUUGGCCUCCGUGAAAACCCGGCAGGAUGGAUCUCCCGGGGCCAGGCUCCGCGCGCCCCGGCCGGACCGUGCACGUUUGGGGUUACCGGGUUGAGUGUAAAGUACGGAAUGGUAGGAAGCUGCAGCCCAGCGAGUGGGCGGGGCGAGGAGACCUAGGAGGGUUCAAAAGGAGGUGGAAGGAUACACGGACCACAGUCGGAACUACUUUCCAAGGGAGGUCACGUGUGUUCCUAGUUGGGGAACUUUCCAAAUUCCCACUCCCCCGUGAUAGCUCCGGAGGCAAGUCUUCUUCCUUUGCUCGGGGAGCUCUUGCCUGGUGCAGGCAGCGGAACCCCAACCCUUCCCACGCCGCGGCGGAAACAGGGGCUCGGACCAGCCUCCCGAAGGAGCGCUGUCGGGGCUGGCGCUUGGGGAGCUGGUUACACAAGCACCCACAUCCAAACACGUGCCCCCGCCUCCCCGCCUGCUGGCUGCCGCCGAUUCUUACGGAACGCGGGGAGAGAGUCCCCAAGCUGGUGCCACUCCUCGCCUGCUACUCUAAGAGCAAGCCAAAGGACCGAGACCUGAGACUCACUCCUUGCUCUACAUCGACCUAUUCUGCGCUUCCCCAAACGUGGGAAAAGGAGCUGGGCGUUAGGGGUCUCGGGCCUCUGCCUCGCUGAUGCCUUGCCCCUUAGGGUGAACCCUUUUGGUUCUGUGCUUGCGGGUAUCUCCUGCUGCAGCCCAGAGCUUGCAUUCUGCGAUGUUGCAACAAAUGUCCAGUCACUACUCCUGAGCUGGUGAGCGCGCCCCACCUACUGUAGACUCAGCCAAGUGACUUAUCUGGUCUGAGAACCUAGUCAAUGGCCGUCAGCCCAGAACAAACCUGUCAAGUCUGCUUACAGCCCCGAUUGGGCUGACCUGUCACCGUGAGAUAGCUGAUUCAGAAAUGCUGCGAGUUGGAUCGCACUCCUACCCCGCACCCCACCGGUCAAGGAUCUACAAAGCAAGUAGUCGCCCCGCUUAAAGAGAAUGAGCAUCAACACCAGUCUGGGAAUUUAUUGUUUUUUCAUUUCCCUUAGGAAGUAGAACUCCAGACGACAAUUUGAGUCAAAAAAUAUUUAACGAGACCUAGGUUGAAGUACUGAGUUGUUUUUCAAACUUUGAGAGAAUGAGAAUCAAUCUGCAUGUGUGUUCAAUAAUUGUAAGUGCCUAGCAAAGUCUAAAGAGGAUUUAUGCUGUAUUUGAGAAAGAGUACUGUAUAUGUGCACAUCAAAGUUGCAGGCAACCUCUGAAGACUAGAAACCCCAAGAGACCUAGCGCAGAAAGCCACAGGCCAUUACCUAACUCCGGGACUACUAAUUAAACCUGGGAUAUUUACAGUGUUCUUAGAGAUCUCUGAGGCUCCGUAAAACUUUGCACUUAUAUACAGCAUUUAAAAUAGCUCUGCAGGAGUUAACAACCUGCUGAAGCUUCAGUGCUGAUAUUUAUUGAAGGCUGGUUUUGUGCAUAGUUCUGGUCAGCUUGGGAAAGGCAAGGACCACAGUGGAAAAGGAAAUGGAAAGCAACCGGAAAAGAAUAAGAGAAAGGCCUCCAGUUGAUUUCCAGAGAUGCAGAUACUGUCCACACAGCCUAGGGUGAACUACAGAUUUCAUUAUUUUAUAAAUAACCAAGGAUAAGGAGUUCCUGAUGUCUAGGUGUUCUACUAGAUUGCAUGGUAAAAACCAGAGCUGUGUUUAAUUAUCAAUUACUGCGUGGUAGAAAAAGGGGGAAUGAAGAUGAACUUUUAAAAGGGGAGUAGAUUAGGGAGGGGUAAAAUGUCUCACAUUUGUUUCUUAGGUUGCUGAUCUUGUCUCCAGAGUCCCUGUUAUUAGCACUGCCCUACUCUGUCCCUCCCCUGGAGCCUACCCUAAGUGACAAUUAGUCUCAUAGCAUCUGAGAAUCUCUGAAAUCUGCUUUCAUGGAAGCAAAUGAAACAAGGGUGCAUUCCUGUCCCUGGUGCGACAGAAUCCUCUUGGAUUCCAUGGCACAGAGUUACUCUGGAGCAGAGACAAUCUGCAUCACCAGCACUAAAGUGCUGGAGUAUGAGACCAGCCUCCAAGUACUUCCAUCUGGCUGAAGAAAGAAAAUGGGAAAUGGGUUUUACUGCUUCUCUAAACAUCAGGUCCCUUUACUUCUCUCUAGUGGUGAAUGAAAGGAUCAUCAAUGUUGGCAGAUAUUUGGCUAGCCCGACAGCAACAUCAGGUGGUUAUUAGGAGUUGCUGAAUAAAAUCCUCCUUCUGUU